GAAACCCUAGAUCUAUGAUGCGAUUAUGCUUAUCUUCUUCGUUUUGGUACACGAUUGUGUUUAAUUGCCUUGUGAGCUAGAUCGAGUACAUUUUAUGCUGAUGAGUGAAGAUUUGAAGCUGUUUUUCUACUGUUCAGCUAUAAGAUCUUAGUGUUUAUGAUCUUUUAGCUUAGUUUACAGUGAUUCGAAGUAGAGGUUUUUUGUUCUGAAGAUUCGACUAGAGGAUUUGAUGAAAUUUGUAGUUGUUUACUACUAUUUUGCUACAGAUCUUGAAAAUUGACAGUUCAAAAGCUUUGAUUAGAGGUUUUUGAUGUGCAACACUGUUAUAGCUGUGCAAUGAGGCUUUUAUGGUUCAGUUCUUAUGUUUAAGAAGUUUUUUGCACGUAACAGAAGGCAAUUUGUAGCAGUGAUGGUAAUAAUAGAUGAUAAAGUGAUGUUGUGAUGUUGGUUUGGUGCUGUGAUGUUGUUGAUGGGAUAUGACACACAAUAGAUGAUAAUCAGUAGCAGUGAUGAUUAAAAUAAAUGAUAAAUUGGUGAUGUGCUGAUGUGUUGUGAUGUACUACCAUUUUGAGUAGUGAUAUGAGAUAAUAGAGGAUAAUAUUGUGUUGCUGAUAGUUGAAGACAAGUAUUAAUACUCUUGUUUUUAGUUUGUGCUAAUUCAGAAGCAAUGGGGUUAACUCAGAGAGAGGUCAAUUCAAUACUGAGUAUGAUAACAGUCAGAUUGACAGAGAGCAACUUUGUGAAGUGGAGUUUCCAAUUUCAGUCAAUGCUUGAGGGAGGUGAUCUUUUUGGUUAUUAUGAUGGGACUAAUGUGUGUCCUCCAAGAUAUGUUCUUACUGAAGAUGGAGAGGUGACAGCUGAAGUCACUGAAGCUUUCAAGGAAUGGAAGAGAGCUGAUAAAGCUCUUCUUGGAUUGCUAAUGGCCACACUUGAUGAUGAGAUAAUGGAUGUUAUUGUUGGAAGCAGGUCUGCUAAAGAAGCUUGGUCUGCUCUUAUUGAGAGAUUUUCAACUGUGUCAAGGGCUAACAUCAUGCAACUCAAAACAGAUCUUCAAACCAUUAAGAAGGGUGCAGACAAUAUCGAUAAGUAUCUUUUGAGGAUUAAGCAUGCAAGAGAUCAGCUCAAUUCUGUUGGAGUUUCUAUACUGGAUGAAGAUAUAAUUGUUGUGACCUUGAAUGGUCUUCCUGAUGAGUAUGCUAUGAUUAAGACAGUUAUUAGAGCAAGGGAUACUGCUAUACCUCUCAAGGAUUUUCGUGCUCAACUAUUGGCUGCAGAGAGGGAUAUAGAGAAGCAAUUUGACCUAUCUGGAGUAAUGUCUGCUAUGGCUGCUCAGAAUACUAGUUUCAGAAACAACAACUUUGGGACAAAUCAGUCCAAUGAUGGUGACAAAUGGAAGUCUUCUUACAACAGUAAUGAUAAAGGGAAAACUACUUGGAAUGGAGGCAAUGGAUCUAAGUCAGGUGGAUGGAGCAAUAACUCAAAAUUUUCUCAAGGUGAAAGUUCAGGCUCUUUUAAGGGCUAUAAUCCAGUUGAGUGUCAGAUAUGUGGAAAGAAAGGUCAUGCAGCUAAUGACUGCUAUCAACAUUUGGAAUGCUCUAUUUGUCAUAAGAAAGGGCAUCCAGCUAGUAAGUGCUUCCAAAAUCCUGCAAAUACAGUUGCUGCAGAAUACAGGAAUAAUGUUGGUAUUCCUCCAGAGUGUCAGAUUUGUAGCAAGAAGGGUCACACAGCAGUUAACUGUUUCUACAGGGUUGAUAUUCUAGCUGAUCAUCCCUCAAAGUCUGUUGUUGUUUGUCAGAUUUGUGGUCUUAAGGGUCAUGUUGCUCUAGAUUGUCAACACAGGAGCAACUAUGCUUAUCAAGGAGCUGAGCCACCAACUUCUCUUACUGCCAUGACAGCUAGCACUUCUAAUGGUGGUGCAAGUUCUUCUACUCAAUCUCAUUCAGUUGAUGAUAUCUGGAUUGGAAAUACUGGAGCUACUCAUCAUAUGACCUCAGACUUGAGGACUCUUUCUAUUGCCAAGCCAUAUGAGUCUGCUAAUACCAUCACUAUUGGAAAUGGAUCAGGACAAGGUCUCAAAGGCUCCUCUCUUCAGAGGAAAGAGUAAUGGGGAAGGACUCUAUCUUUUUAGAUCUCCAAAACUUACUUCUUCAUGUCCUUCAGC